AUGCCGACCGACACCAAGCGAAAGGCUCACGACCAAGAGCCAACGGCCGAUUCAUCUGACUACGAUAGCGACGGCUCUGAAGAGCCCGACUUUAUCAAUGUCGACUUUGACUUUCGCGCUCCCGAAGAAAUCGACUUCCAAGCACUCAAACGUCUAUUGCAGCAGCUCUUCUAUACACACAACACAAAGCUCGAUCUCUCGUCACUAGCUGACCACGUCGUCAAGACCUCAACAACACAAGGCGUGGGCACCACCAUCAAAAUCGUCGAUGACGAAGACCAAGAUCCCUACGCAUUCGUCUCGGCAAUCACGCUGUCCAGCGAGAAGAAAGAAGGGUCAGAAGCGGCAAACAGUCUUUCCAAAUACCUCUUGGAAGUAACCUCGAAGCCUUCCAGCAAAUCAGUACACGAUGUAAUCAAGAGUGCCGCGUCCAGCACCUCUACAAAUGCACCGGUCAUUGCGGUGCUUCACGAACGCAUGGUCAACAUGCCUCCUCAAGUCGCUCCGCCUUUAUACAAGAUGCUCCUCGAAGAGGUGCAAGCUUCGCUUGUCUCUACAUCAGCGACUCGACCUUCUCACUAUCUCUUCUUCUCGCGCGUCUUCUCUGCCGAUGCUUUUUCGGACGACGAAGCGAUGGACGAGGAUGAUGAUGAUGAUGAUGAUGAGCCGUCCGGUUUGGCAGGCGCACGGAAAAGGAAGGCCAAGCUCGCACGUCGCGAAGCAAAGAAAGCCGGUGCCAAGAAGGACGCUCCUAAAUCACGCACUAUCUCGGACGGCAUGGCUUUGGCCGGCUCGUCGGACGAGGAGCUCGGCCUGUUUCACCCAGAAGAUAUUGCCAUCUCCAAGUUCGCAUCCAACUCGCUUACAUACCGCUUCCCACCGCCUCCAGAUGCUUCAGAUAGCUUCGAGGCUCCCCUCUUUGGUCGAAUUGCGCUUGUACCUGCCGAUAAGAUGGAUGCUCUUCUGCAACAGAUUGAGACUGACCUCUCCAUGCCUGCACCUCAGUAG